AUGAUACUACUAAAUAAAGGACAUUUUUAUAAAUCCUUAUCAUUAAGAAAACUACUACAUAAAUCCAAAAAUGUUAACACGAUAAGGCAUUAUAAAGUUCUAGCCAUAGAAUCAUCUUGUGAUGAUUCAUGUAUUGCAUUAUUAGAAAGAACACACCCAAAUCAAACACCAACUAUAAUAGAUCACACCAAAAAAACAUUGAACUCAGCAGCAGUUGGUGGGAUAAUGCCCACAGCAGCUUAUACUUAUCAUAUGUCAACUAUUGCAAAUAUGUGUAUUGAAUUUUGUUCCAAACACCAAUUAUCAGCUACAAAUCCACCAGAUUUAAUUUGUGUCACGCGAGGACCAGGAAUGGCUGGGUCAUUAAGUAGUUCAACUGAAUUUGCUAAAGGUUUGAGUGUUGCUUGGAAUGUGCCAUUAGUUGGAGUUCAUCAUAUGUUGGGACAUUUAUUAACUUCAUUUUUACCUACUAAGGAGACUGAGCAAAAACAACCACCAAAUUUCCCAUUCUUGAGUUUAUUAUGUAGUGGAGGUCAUACUAUGUUAGUACUACUGAAAAGCGUAUCUGAACAUGAAAUAAUUAUAAAUGUAAGUGAUAUAGCAGUUGGGGACUCGCUAGAUAAGUGUGCAAGAGAAUUAGGAAUGUAUGGAAAUAUGUUAGGUAGAGAAUUAGAAAAAUUUAUUAAGAACAUACCAACGGAGGAAAUCAAAGAAUUUGAAAAUUUGCAAGUGGACACAAGAUUAUCAAAUAAAUAUAAUUUCAAACUAACUUUGCCUUAUCAAACUCCCAAGAGUGGGAAAUUUCAAGAUGAUUUAAUUCAAUUUGCAUUUGCUCAAUUCUUGAGUAAUAUUCAACUGUACAAAAAGAAUUUUUUAAAUUCAAAAAUUAUUGAAGAUGACAAAAUCAAAAGAAUGAUCGCAUACAAGACUCAAGAAUAUAUUUUUGAUCAUAUUAUCGAUAGAAUUAAUUUAGCAUUUAAAAAACAUGGAUUGGAUAGAUGGAGUGAUGGGAAAUUUAUUGGUGUUAAAGAUUUUGUAUGUUCUGGUGGAGUUGCUGCGAAUAGUAGAUUAAGAGAAAAAUUAUUCAAUAAUUUAAAUCAUAAGGAAAUUGGUGAAAACCCAUUAAGUUUUCAUUUCCCUGAUUUAUCUUUAUGUACUGAUAAUGCAGUAAUGAUUGGGUACGCAGGUAUGGAAAUAUUUGAAAAAUUAAAAUUAAAAACAAAUUUAAAUUUUAUACCUAUUAGAAAAUGGCCACUAAAUAAUUUACUUAAUGUAGAGUCUUGGGUAAAAGUUGAUGAUGAUGAAAUUAAUAGAGUUUGUAAAUACAAAAAUUAA